AUGGAGCAGAACCAGCUGGACCGAGAAACCUUGUCCUGUUCGAUCUGUCUGGAUCUACUGAAGGAUCCGGUGGCUAUUCCCUGUGGACACAGCUACUGUAUGAAGUGUAUUAAAAACUUCUGGGAUGAAGAGGAUCAGAAAGGAAUCCACAGCUGCCCUCAGUGCAGGGAGACCUUCACACCGAGGCCCGUUCUGAAGACAAACACCAUGUUAGCAGCUUUAGUGGAGCAGCUGAAGAAGACUGGACUCCAAGCUGCUCCUGCUGAUCUCUGCUAUGCUGGACCUGAAGAUGUGGCCUGUGAUUUCUGCUCUGGAAGAAAACUGAAAGCCAUCAAGUCCUGUUUAUUCUGUCUGGCCUCUUUCUGUAAGAAACACCUUCAGCCUCAUUAUGAUUCAGCUGCAUUCAAGAAACACAAGCUGGUGGAGCCCUCCAAGAACCUCCAGGAGAACAUCUGCUCUCGUCAUGAUGAGGCUGGUGGAGAAACCCUGGACUAGAUGAUGGAGGGAAUGGAGGCUGGGAUCCUGGUUGCUGACGACGGCCCUCUGACAGACGCCUUUCCUUUGGACAUCUUUAACGUGGCUGUGGUGCUAGAGGAGAAGAUCAGCCUUCAUGACCUCAGAAAUGUUCCCAACACCUUUGUUCAUGGGAGCAAUCUGCUGCCUUGACCUGGAGGAUCUCCACCAGAUGAAGUCCUUUUUGACUUCCUUCAAAGAGUCAUGAAGGUUAAACCAGACCAGAGC